GUGAGUGUUGUGUGGUGUGUGUGUGUGUGUAUGCGUGUGGAGCCAGUGAAAAAUACCCGGAGACGGACUGAAACACUUCUUUUUUUGACCGUACCAAUGUGUGUGGCCUGUGAAUCUAUGGUCCUCGGCCCGGCGGAAUCAUCUCAUGGACACAAAGAGCACGUCGAAAAUGAGGGAAUAAUCGGAGGAGGCGCGCGGCGAAGGGCUCGUCUGUAGCGACGGUUUUGUUGAAACUGCCGAGUGGGAUCACAGCUGCUGGCUACGAAAAUGUCGAGAAAAAUAGAGAGCAAGCAAGACUCACAGCGGUCCCACCUGUCCACCUUCACCAUGAUACUGAAGGACAAGUUCCAUUCUCCCAAGAUCAAGAGGACUCCAUCCAAGAAGGGCAAGCAGCUGCAGCCUGAGCCGGCGGCCAAGAACACUGAGAAACCCACCAACAAGAAGGUGAGUAGGCUGGAGGAGCAGGAGAAGGAGGUGGUCAGUGCGCUGCGCUACUUCAAGACAAUCGUGGACAAGAUGGUUGUGGAGAAGAAGGUGCUGGAGAUGCUCCCAGGCUCCGCCAGCAAGGUGCUGGAAGCCAUCCUGCCUCUGGUCCACGUGGAGGCCCGGAUACAGCACAGCUCGGCGCUGUCUUCGUGCCACAGCCGUGUGUAUCAGAGUCUGGCGAACCUCAUUCGUUGGGCAGACCAGGUGAUGCUGGACGGCAUCGACCUGGAGGACAAGGAGAACGUGGCGUCCGUCACCACCGUGAUCAAAGCGGUGCUGGACGGAGUGAAGGAAUUGGUGAAGUUGACCAUAGAGAAGCAGGAGCAGCCGUCGCCCACCACCCCCAGCAAGCCCACGCCGCCCGCCGCCACAACGGAGAGCAGCGCGUCUUCGGAGGUGCCGUCGAUAGACCGCGAGCAGGAGGUCUCCAACAAGACGGCGCCGCCGGCCGCUCCGGCGGAGCCCGCCCCUGAGGCGCCGGACGAGGACGUGGCCCCCCCCAAACCCCCGCUGCCCGAGGCCAAGAUGGCCGAGCUCAGAGCACAGUUGAGUGCUGACGCUGGCCCAAGGAGACCCUCCCAGAAGGAGAACCCUCCGCCAGCCCUUCCCCCGAAGAAGCGCCAGUCAGCCCCUUCGCCCACCCCGGUGGCCGUGGUUGCACCCAUGAGCCGAGGCUCCAGCCUGCCGUGCAGCGACCACCGACAGGAUUACGAGCAGGAGUUCCUCCAUCGGCGUUUCUCCGGGGGAAGCCAGUCGUACGGCGGCGACUCUCCGCGCCUGUCGCCGUGCAGCAGCAUGGGGAAACUCAGCAAGUCCGACGAACAGCUGUCUUCCAUGGAGCAGGAUAGCGGUCAGUGUUCGCGAAACACCAGCUGCGAGACGCUCGACAACACUGAGAAUUACGACCCGGACUACGACUUCCUCCACCAGGACUUGUCAGUCGGAGAGCACCUGCCCCCGAUCCCGGUGGGGGGGUGUCUGAGCCCCCUCCCCGAGUCCCACAGCGAGUCGUCCUCCCCUGUCCCCGGACAGCAGCCCACGCACCCCCGCUUCAGCGCCCCGCCCCAGCAGCCGGAGUACUGGACGCCGCAGCCCAACCAGCCCAACCCCCUGUCCUCCCGCAUCAGCGCGCCGCCGGCGCUGCCGCUGAAGAAGCGGCGCAGCACCCAGACGCCGGCCUUCCCCGACGCGGGGUCCAGGGUGCUGUACGAGCGCUACCCCUCCCAGUACGACAACCUGUCGGAGGAGGAGCUCCACCCGACCCCGCCGUUCCCGCUCUUCACGCCCAUCUCGCCCAUGCCCCAGACCAACGGGGGCGUGUUCGUGGCGCAGUACAUGGCCAGCGAGAGCGCGGACGUCCCCGCCAGCCCGCCGCCGCUGCCGGAGAAGAAAAGCAGACACAUCCUUCAGUACAUGCAGUUCGUGGAGGACUACUCGGAGCCGCAGCCCUCGGUUUUCUACCAGAUGCCGCAGAGCGAGAGCAUCUACGAGCAGCGCAACAAGCGCUUCCAGGAGGUCUACGGUUUCAACGACUCCUUCAGCAGCACGGACUCCGUCCACGAGCCUCUGCAGCCCCCCGCCUUGCCACCCAAGCAAAGACAACUGGCCUCCCACUCUUCUUCCCCUUCUUCCUCCUCCUCCUCCUCUCUCUCCUGCCACCUCCAGCCGUCUGUGGCGGCCAUGGAGGAGGCGGGCUCUGGGCUGGGCCUCAGCAUGUCCGUCUCUAACUCCUACCUGAUUGGCCAGGCCUCUCUGACCACACCCACGAGCUUGGACCAGGUUGCCUUGACCAAUGCCACCGUUCUGGAUGGCAGCGGGGGCGGGCCCAACGGUUCCCUGGCCGGCUCGCUGGGCUCUGUGGCCGUCUGUCUUCCUUCUGAGUCUUCUCUCACUGACUCUCUCCACACCUCGGCGAGCGAGUGCGCGAAUGACGAGGGCGGGGAGGGGGAGUAUGUCAACUUGUACUCCUCCAGCCAGGCCAAUGGGGAGCUGCCUCUCUCCCUCAGAGAAACGAUUGCAGCUGAUGAUGUGCUGCAGGACCAGACCCCUCAGACACCUUCCACCAACAGCAAAGAGGCUUUAGAAAAGGAAAGGAGGCAGAAAUCCACAGACUCGGCCGGGAGCGACGAGGAGGACGUGGACGAGCUCUCCCUCAUCGACCACAAGGAGAUCAUGAGCAGGAUAACACUAAAGCAGGAGAAUGACGACGGCCCCGACGUCCGCGCCGGAUCGGGAGACAUUCUAUUAGUCCACGCUACAGAGACAGACCGCAAAGAUCUCGUUUUGUACUGUGAAGCCUUUCUGACUACAUAUAGGACUUUUAUAACCCCAGAAGACCUCAUUAAGAAGCUACACUACAGAUACACAACCUUCUGCCACAGUCCGGACACGUUCAAGAAGCGCGUCAGCAAGAACACUUUCUUCGUGCUGGUGCGCGUGGUGGACGAGCUCUGCCUGGUGGAGCUGACGGAGGACAUCCUGAAGCAGCUGAUGGACCUGGUGUUCACGCUGGUGUGCAAUGGCGAGCUCAGCCUCGCCCGCGUCCUCCGCAAGAACAUCCUGGACAAGGUGGAGCAGAAGAAGCUGCUGCGCUACACUAACUCCCUCAAGCCUCUGGCCGCCCGGGGAGUCUCUGCCAGGCCGGGGACGCUCCACGACUUCCGCAGCCACGAGAUCGCCGACCAGCUGACGCUUCUCGACGCCGAGCUCUUCUAUAAGAUCGAGAUUCCCGAGGUCCUGCUGUGGGCGAAGGAGCAGAACGAGGAGAAGAGCCCCAACCUGACGCAGUUCACAGAGCACUUUAACAACAUGAGCUAUUGGGUGCGCUCUCUGAUCAUCCAGCAGGAGAAAGCUCAAGACAGAGAGAAGCUGCUUCUCAAGUUCAUUAAGAUAAUGAAGCACUUAAGAAAGUUGAACAACUUCAACUCGUACUUGGCAAUACUGUCGGCGCUGGACUCGGCUCCCAUCCGGAGGCUGGAGUGGCAGAAGCAGACCUCGGAGGGUCUGGAGGAAUACUGCACCCUGAUCGACAGCUCCUCGUCCUUCAGGGCCUACAGAGCCGCUCUGGCGGAGGUGGAGCCGCCCUGCAUCCCCUACCUGGGUCUCAUCCUCCAGGACUUGACCUUCGUCCACCUGGGGAACCCCGACCUCAUUGAGGGGAAGGUCAACUUCUCCAAACGCUGGCAGCAGUUCAACAUCCUGGACAGCAUGCGUCGCUUCCAGCAAGUGCACUACGAGCUGAAGCGCAACGAGGACAUCGUCUCCUUCUUCAACGACUUCAGCGACCACCUGGCGGAGGAGGCCCUGUGGGAGCUGUCGCUCAAGAUCAAGCCCCGGAACAUCACCCGGCGCAAGACGGACCGCGAGGAGAAGACCUAGGGCGCCGCCCGCCGCCCGACUCUGACCUCCAACUGUGCUUCAUGACACUAACUCCACUUUACUACAGACCGAAGCGAUCCACUGGAGCCGAGGAGAAGAAUCCAGAACAAACUUAACAGAGACAAGCCGAGCGCCGCCGAGGUUCACAGAGAGCGCCGCCGCUCUGGGAGAUUACUAUUGGGAUUACCGACGGAGGAGGGGGAGAAGGAGGAGGAGGAGGAGGAAGGCCGGUGGAGUGGAGGAAGCACAGAGCGGACGGGGAGACGCGACACGACGCUCUGACUGGAGCUGCUGCUGCUGCUGCGAGUCCACCUCCCCCUCCGGCCGCUCCUUCCUCUUCCUCAUCUACGUGCCAUUCGCCGGUCAUCUUCUGCAGCCCGCCGCUCGCCGAGACGCCGACCCGAGGUUCCCAGCUCGGAGGAGAGGAUGGCCUUUUACAGACUAGAACCUACCAGUUUGUUUUGAAACCUUUUUUUUUGUUUUGUUUUUUUUCUUUUGUGUAAGAAUCAUGUAUGGUUAUGAAUUGUAUUAUAUACAGUGCUCCUUUUGUUCUCGAAAAGGAUGUUUAAGCUUAUGAGAAGAGCUUAGCUUCUCCCAAGUGCCAUACGUAUGUGCACUAAAAAAGAAAAAAAAA